AUGGAAGGAUUUGCUCCGCCCAAGUUUUCUUUUGGAGAUCAAUGGGAGAUGUAUCAAGAACGUUUAGAGCAAUAUUUCCUAGCCGUGGAUUUAGAAAAUGAGCGUAGAUCCGCUAUACUUCUUACCUCGAUUUCGCUAGAAGUUUAUCAAACGGUAAAGAACAUCUGCCAUCCAGAGAAACCAAAUGCUAAGUCCUAUGAAGAGCUGUGUGCGUUGUUGAAGGAAAGAUUCUGUCCGGCGAUAAUUACUUAUCGGGAGCGAACAUCGUUUUAUAGAGCAAGGCAAGAAUCUGGAGAAAGCGUACAAGAAUGGUACGUUCGCUUGAAGAAACUAUCCUUGAAUUGUGAUUUUAAAGAACAUUUGGACCAUGCACUGAAGAACAUUUUUGUGACGGGACUACAACCCGGUCCGAUUUUUGAACGGUUGUGUGAAGAGGAAGACAAUGUUUCAUUGGAGAAUUUGCUCAAGAUUGCGGUGAAAAGGGAAGCCACAUUAAAAAACCGAACAUUGCUGGAAGUUAACAAGAUUAACGAGAAGAAGACAAGUUAUGGUUCGAAGCCGGCGAAGAAAGUUAGUUCGGCGACAUGUUUUGCGUGCGGAAAGAAUAACCAUGAUUUUAGAAGUUGUCAGUAUCGAAGUUAUGUAUGCAAGAUUUGCAAAGAGAAAGGCCAUAUUGCCGUGGUUUGUCCAAAGAAACAGAAAGCGUUUUUCAAGAAGGAGCAAACGGUCAACCACUUGGAAGUCAACUCUGUUAGCUGUUCUGAGCCGUAUUACGUGGAUAUUGCAGUUAAUGGACGAAUGACAAGAUUUGAAAUGGAUACUGGAUCACCAAUAACGAUUAUCUCUGAGACGUUUUACCGCAAUAAUUUCGGAGAAUUUACACUUCAUCCGUUCCGUGGGAAGUUGGUGUUCUAUACAGGAGGUGAAGCUACACCGAAGGGAGCUUUUGAAGCUGUUUUAUGUUAUCAAGGUCGACAAGCGGUUGGUCAAAUUGUGGUAAUUGAAGGAGGGCGCAAUCCGUUGAUUGGACGUGAUUUUAUUGGAGAGUUGCUUCACUUGCGGUUAAACAAACUUGACACGGAGUCGAGUGACUGUCAGGAAGUUCAACUGAAAACUAUUUUGAAUGAAUAUCAAGAAUUGUUCGAUGGAUCAUUGGGUUGUUAUAAGCAUUCAAAGAUCAACUUGCUAUUGAAACCUGAUGCUGUACCGAAGUUUGUUAAGCCUCGAAAAAUACCGAUUUCGUUUCAAGCUAAGGUUGAAGAGGAACUGGACGCACUAGAGAAGACUGGUAUUAUUACUAAGGCUGAGAUUGCUGAGUGGGGAACCCCGUUAGUUCCUGUUUUAAAGAAAGACAAGUCAAUUCGUUUGUGCGCUGAUUAUCGAGUAACUGUCAACCCGUUUCUGGAAGAUAAGCGAUACCCUAUGCCUGUUGUGGAAGAUUUGUUCGACGCGUUGCAAGGUGGAAAGUUAUUUUCGAAACUGGAUUUGAAAUCGGCGUACAAUCAGCUAGAGCUUGAGGAAGAAUCGAGAAAAAUGUUGGCAUGGAGUACUCACAAAGGAAUAUAUUAUGUGAACCGUUUGCCGUUUGGUACUAAACCAGCCUGUGCAAUAUUUCAAGAAGUUCUGGAAAAGUUAUUGCAGGAAUGCAGGAAUGUGUAUCAAUUUCUUGGAUGA